AUGGAUCGGAGACGUCAAAAAGCUCGUGAAAGUAUGGCCGCUAAACGAGCUGAAGCUACACCAAAAGAAGCUAAAAGACAACGCACGCUUGCCAGAGAAAGGAGUGCUGCCAGAAGAGCUGCCCUUACACCAGAACAAGCUGAACGAGAGCGCACCCUUGCACGAGAAAGAAGUGCAGCUAGAAGAGCUGCCUUAACACCAGAACAAACUGAGAGAGAGCGUAGCCUUGAUCGUCAAAGAAAAGCAUCUAGAAGAGCUGCAUUAACACCCGAUGAAAUCGUAUAA